UUGGUCAAGUCGCACCGCAGGUGCAUAUGCUGUGCGCUACAAAUUUUACAGAAAGCGUCAAGGUUUACGGGGAAGGUUUUUAUUACCGCCUAUGGCAGGGCGGAACCAUCCUCCUCUCGAAAAGCUGCGCGGUGCAGUAAUAGAAGAAAGUAUGGCGCUUGACGAGGGAGCUCAGUGCGGUCAACCAACUCAGGAAGAAAUCUUGGAAUGGCAAGCCAAAGUAGGAGCUCUCAAGCGGGAGAAUGCGCUCCUUCUUACUCAAAUGGCACGAGCUGUCAAGUGCCUUAAUGCCGUCACGGCAGAGAACCAACUGUUAAUGACGGAAGUUGCUUCACUGCAACCCGCGGCAGGGCCACCACCAAGCCAGGAUUUCCGGCGGUAAUGCGCGCCCAGAAGCCGCCCAGCCUUGGCAGCAGCUUGCCCAGGGUUUCAGCUGGCCACUCCUCAGCUCAUGCGUACAUACCAUAGCCUGCGCGAUUUUCCCUAAAUCUAACCGUUUCGCUUGACAGUAGUGUGUACAGUAAUAAUUUGCUGCAUUUCAUUGCGUUGACUUGGGAAUGGGGAUACGCCUUCCCAACCAUGCAUACCCCACCCUGCAUAUGCUCAUGUUGGAGUCUGCUUUGAGGGAAACUAGGUAGCUUGUUGCGCGGCGCUUCCGGAAGUGUGCCUUGUAUUAUUGUAUGGAGGGGGCUAGGGUAUGUGGACGGUAGAUUGCUGAAUGCGAUGAGUGUUUAGGGCAUAGUCGGAUUGAUACCAUCACUUUUCUGGGGUCAUUCAUUCCACUCCAUGUGUGUAGGUCAUCGACUCCUUAGCACCGCCUUGCAAGGCACAACCUGUCGGGUAUUUCCUCUUUGGGGGUCUUGCUGGCCUUCAGCUAGACGGCUUGUGCUUGGCGUGGUUAAGAGUUGCUGCGUGCCCCAUACUUACCGGCCUGUACGGCAAUAGUCAGUGUUGGUGUACGGGCUCAAUGGUGUUGAAGGUGCAUUAGGUUCAUGCUUGUCAGCAUACGAUGUCACUGGUUUGCGCAAGGAAGGAAUUGGAGGAUAGUGUUGAGGUCCCGGCUACACACCUGUCUGCGUCCAACUUCGCAGCCGCUGUGUUACCAUGCCUUCCGUAACUGCACCGCUGUGCGCAUGUGGCCCUGUUUAUGUGCCCGUAGUCCUGCUGUCCGCCUGCAAACAAAUUGGCUGUAACACAAUAUGC